GAGUCCCCUCCGGCCAGGGCAGGGACCCGGGCCGGCCACGCCAGCUCUGACAGCCUCAUGGCCCCAGCCGGCCACUAAGCCCCACCAUGGGCAGCCUGUACUCCGAGUACCUGAGCCCCAGCAAGGUCCUGGAACACUACAAUUACACAAAGGAGACUCUGGACACGCAGGAGACGCCUUCCCGCCGGGUGGCCUCCGCCCUCAUCAUCCUCCUCUGUUGCGCCAUCGUGCUGGAAAACCUCCUGGUGCUCAUCGCCGUGGCCCGCAACAGCAAGUUCCACUCGGCCAUGUACCUGUUCCUGGGCAACCUGGCCGCCUCCGACCUGCUGGCGGGCGUAGCCUUCAUCGCCAACACCCUGCUCUCAGGGCCUGUCACGCUGGGGCUGACCCCGGUGCAGUGGUUCGCCCGAGAGGGUUCGGCCUUCAUCACGCUCUCUGCCUCUGUCUUCAGCCUCCUGGCCAUUGCCAUCGAGCGCCACGUGGCCAUCGCCAAGGUCAAGCUCUACGGCAGCGACAAGAGCUGCCGCAUGCUGCUGCUCAUCGCGGCCUCCUGGCUCAUCUCGCUGGCGCUGGGCGGGCUGCCCAUCCUGGGCUGGAACUGCCUGGGCCGCCUGGACGACUGCUCCACCGUCCUGCCGCUCUACGCCAAGCAGUACGUGCUCUGCGUGGUGACCAUCUUCUCGGUCAUCCUGCUGGCCAUCGUGGCCCUGUACAUCCGCAUCUACUGCGUGGUCCGCUCCAGCCACGCCGACGUGGCCGGCCCGCAGACGCUGGCCCUGCUGAAGACGGUCACCAUCGUGCUGGGCGUGUUCAUCGUCUGCUGGCUGCCUGCCUUCAGCAUCCUCCUCCUGGACUACGCCUGCACCGUCCGGGCCUGCCCCGUCCUCUACAAGGCCCACUACUUCUUCGCCUUCGCCACCCUCAACUCGCUGCUCAACCCAGUCAUCUACACGUGGCGCAGCCGGGACCUGCGGAGGGAGGUGCUGCGGCCGCUGCAGUGCUGGCGGCGGGCGGCGGGGGGGCCGGGACGCCGGGGCGGGACGCCAGGCCACCGACUCCUGCCGCUGCGCAGCUCCAGCUCCCUGGAGAGGGGCACGCACAUGCCCACAUCGCCCACCUUUCUGGAGGGCAACACGGUGGUCUGAAAGGCUGGGUGGACCGACCAGCAGGUUGACGGCAGAAGCCCUCGGGGGGUGAGGUGCUGGGUAACCUCAGACAGAGGAGGGGGCGCUGCCUGAUAGACAGGAUGCCUCCACCCUGCAGACCUGGGCGGCGUUGGACCUAUUCUACAGCGGACGGCAGAGCUGCCACAAGGUCUUAGAGGCCCACAGCAGUGUGGCCAUGGGGCCAGAUAACCUGGUAAGGGUCAAGGUGACUGCAGGUGGGAACUGGAGGCAGGAGCCGUUCGGCAACCAACCGGUGCAGAGAUUUCCACAUCCUGACAACUGUCCGAACGAGAGUCCUGAUGGUGCAGGGGCUUUGUGCUGCGCUGCUAACUUCCAGGGCAUCAGUUCGAAACCACCAGCUGUUCCUCGGGAGAGAGACGAGGCUUACUACUCCCGCCAAGAGCGGCUGUGUCAGAAACCCGCAGGGGCAGUUCUACCCUGUCCUACAGGGUUGCCGUGAGUCCGUAUUGACUCUACUGGAUGGCGGUGAGAAUCAUCCGCUGACCCUCUGGCCAGACACUUCUUUAAACUGCCCCUCCUGCUGCCUUCUGGCAACCUCAGGCUGCUGCCUGGGAACCUCACCCCAGGGGCUGGCCACUCCUCCCUGGCCUCUGGCGCCACGGGGGCUGCGGUGCCUGCGCCCAAAUCCCCAGCUUCCCCAAAUUUCACCAGCUGCCACUUUGGCCACUUCUUCCCUUUCCUCUCACCCCUGAAGAUGCCAGGAAACCACAGGGUGAGGGUGGGAGUGGGGUGGGGGCUGAGCCCCAUUCUCAGGCCUCAUUGGCUAAUUGCACUAUUGGGGCUCAAAAGAAUCACCAAAGGGUGGAAAAACCGGUUUGGGAGAGAGGAAGCUGAGAGAGGGUUUGGGGCCUCCCAGUGGGGCAGGGUAGAACCUGAGAAAGUUCUGAGGGAGAUAUUUGCACAGGAGACCCCCCAAAUGAAACCAUCCCCAAGCGACUCCCACUUCCAGCCACAGCCAAGGUACCGGGUCCCCUAACCAAGCAGCCCUUAGCCACAGUGGCUCCCUCCCUUCAAGUUGUAUUGAACGGAGCAUGGGGUCGGGGUGACCAAGGACAUCAUGUCUGGGGACUCACUCUCUCCCAAACUGUCCCCAGAAGGAUUUUGCGAAAUCCUGUGGGUGAAUGCAAGAAACGUUACGGUACAAAUGUAUAUUUAUGUGUCUUUGCGUGUGUGUGUGUGUGUGUGUGUGUGUGUGUGUGUCACAAGUAUGGUAUUCCUGAGCCAGCUCCCAGCAGGCUUUCCCCAGAAUGGAUGCUGUCCCGUGUCCUCAUGUCUGUCUGUGUUGAAGCUGCCAAAGUUGGGGAGGGGUGCGGCCUAACCCUGCACAGCCCCGUAGUAAUUGCUGGCCUGUCUCCCCGCUUGGGAGCUGGGGUACAGCUCACUUGGGGAGGGGGGCGGAAACCUCAUGCCUCCAACACAUGAAUGCAAAGGCCUGAGGGACCUUUGGGGGGGCAAGGAGCCAGUUGGGGGCUUGUCUCCCCUCAUACAGCUCCCCAGACGCCCCCUCCUCCCCAUGCCCCAGACCCAGGUCUGGGCCAAUAAACGGUUCAGUGACUGCUUUCUGAUGGUGA